AUGGCUCCUGCAACACAAGUCGAGCUGUCGCCGCCGCCUGGCGACGCCGUAUCUGCCGUAGUCUUUGCGCCAGAAUCCAGCACGAAGCUACUUGUUUCUUCUUGGGACAAGAAUGUCUACCUCUACGACCUGUCCAAUGGCGCCAGCGACGCCAAACUGGCCAACACAUACGAACACAGAGCGCCUGUGUUGGAUGUAUGCUUUGGCGCAAAUGACGAAGAGGCGUACACAGCAGGCAUGGAUUGGGCCGUCAACAGAAUUAACCUCGCGACUGGCGAAAAAGUCCUCGUCAGCAAGCACGCCGCUCCUGUCCGCAACGUCCGCUACUGCGCCAACCACGGCAUCCUCGUCUCCGCUUCGUGGGACUGCAGCCUGAACCUGCACGACACCGAGAACCCCUCCAGCACUCCCCUCCGCGUAUCCCUGCCCGGCAAGCCGCAGGCCCUCGCCGUCAGCCCCUCCAAGGUUGUCGUCGCCAUGACAGGCCGCAUCAUUAACAUCUACGACAUCGACGCCAUAAAGGCGCUGUUUGCCCAGGGCGGUAGCGGCGCCGACCUGAAGCCGUGGCAACAGCGCGAGUCCUCGCUACGGUACCUGACGCGCGCCCUCGCAUGCAUGCCCAACGACGCGGGCUACGCUACGAGCAGCAUCGAGGGCCGCGUAGCCGUGGAGUGGUUUGAGGAUACGGCCGAGUCACAGGCGCGCAAGUACGCCUUCAAGUGCCACCGGCAGCCGGCGCCCGACGGCGACGGCGACAUUGUCUAUCCCGUCAAUGCGCUGGCCUUUCACGCCGUCCACGGCACGUUUGCCUCGGGCGGCGGUGACGGUACUGUGGCGCUCUGGGACGCAGAGGCCAAGCGCAGAUUAAAGCAGUACCAAAAGUCGCCCAACAGCGUCGCGGCGCUGGCCUUCUCCAACAAUGGCAAGUAUUUGGCCAUUGGCGUCUGUCCGGGCUUUGAAACGGGCCAGCAGGACUACAACGGCGCCGGGCAGACGAUAGUGAUCAUCCGGGAGCUAGGAGAGAACGAGGCCAAAGGCAAGGGGUCAAAAUAG